AUGUCGCUACCCUCUCACCAACAAUCAUACCUCGAUGAACUCGCCCAGAAGCUAAAGUCCGCCAAUCCAGAAGACACCCUGCAGUUCUGUGCCGACUUCUUCAACCAAAAGCUUUCCCUCGAACGCUCAUCCGCCCGCCCCUCCUCCAACAAAGGCGGCUUCGCAAACGGCAAGAUGGCUGAUACCGCCGGACCUUUUGCUGCGGGCAAGAACGUCAAUUCGAUACAAGAGGAGGAUGAGGAACAUGACACCUUAGGCUCACCUACCGACUCCCGCUUCAAGGCCAGGGAUGUUGGGUCAUCGCCGUUUCAGAACGCUUCGCCCUUUGGUGCCGCCGCUGGCGGUGCCGCUGCAGGAGGCGCAGGAGGAAGCCUGUUUGGCAACUGGCUAGGCAGUCAAGGACAAUCAGAGCAAGAUACCUCUGCGCAACCCUUGCCCACCAACUAUUCAGGUAACCGCCGCACCUCGGUGUCCGCUGAAUCCAUGCAACCCGAUGCCGAAUCCUCCAACUGGAAGCCUCCCAAACACCAGAAGACUCCAGAUCAGCUCGAGCGCCUGAAGAAAGCUGUCUCGGCCAACUUCCUUUUCUCCCAACUUGAUGAGGAUUCUUUCACCACCACGCUUGACGCUCUCGUCGAGAAGUCCAUCCCAGCCCCCAACAUCAAGGUCAUUACUCAAGGUGACGAGGGAGACUACUUCUACGUAAUUGAGCAAGGCAGCUUCGACAUUUACAUCAACUCGUCAGGUGCCCUUCAACCUGGUCCAGAUGGCAUGGGCAACAAAGUCACAACCAUCGGCCCUGGCGGCAGCUUUGGUGAGCUGGCACUCAUGUACAAUGCUCCCCGAGCUGCCACUGUCGUCAGUUCUAGCAAGGGCGGCUUGUUGUGGGCCCUCGACCGUGUCACCUUCCGCCGCAUCCUUAUGACUAGCGCAUUCGAGAAGCGCAAGAUGUAUGAGGGUUUCCUCGAGGAGGUUCCAGUACUGGCUUCGCUUAAACCAUACGAGCGAGCCAAGAUCGCAGAUGCCUUGGAAACGGUCAAAUUCGAGGCUGGAAGCAACGUCAUCACAGAGGGCGAGCCGGGUGAUGCUUUCUAUUUGUUGGAGUCUGGUGAAGCUACCGCGUGGAAAGCUGGCGUUGACCAUGCCCUCAAGGAGUACAAGAGAGGCGAUUUCUUUGGUGAGCUCGCUCUCCUUGAUGACAAACCUCGUGCUGCCAGCGUUGUGGCCAAGACCAAUGUGAAAGUGGCUAAACUGGGACGUGACGGUUUCAAGAGGUUGUUGGGCCCGGUUGAGGGCAUUAUGCGACGAGAAGAGUACGAGACUCCGGAGCAGCUGGAUCCUCUGAGUCAGCAGCGGACCGUCACAUAG